AUGCCUCGAACCACAUCACCAGUCGACAACGCGCCGGACCCUAAGCGCCGCAAGAUACGCAAGGGCACCCGUAGUUGCUGGGCCUGCAAGCGCCGCAAGGUCCGCUGCGAUUUUGACGACGAGCCUUUCACCUCUGAUGCCCAUCACGAUGAUGCGACGCCGGCCGUGUGCAAGGGUUGUCGCCAGCGUGGCACGGCCUGUGUAGGACAGGACUUUCCCGAAGAUUCGGACCCUGGGUCCGGGUUCUUACCCUCACAGGCCGCUGUCGGAGGAGUGAGGCAAGUCGGCGACCGGCUAGGACGGAUGGAGGCCCUUGUAGAACGGUUAGUCCAGACGCAGACGAGCGGCCAGAGCGCCAGGGAGAUAUUGCAUCAAUCAGGAUUGUUGGGAAGGCCGAGGUCUGAGGGGCCAGGUAGGUGUGUGAAUGAGACCGGGGAGGGGAUGUUGACGCCCGAAUGCUCCGAGUCGGACGGCCCUGCGUACAUGAAUUGGUAUGGACGGGUAGUAGAGAAUGGUCUGGAGCGAGAAACGCUCACCGAUGCCGACACAACACCGGCAGCGACGGGCAGCACACCAGCCAGUGGCCAACAUACCCGGGCCGGGGCAGGCAAGUACGCCUACAUCUCCAAGGCGCUCAUGCGCGUCUGGCCCUCGGAGGGCGACAUCGACAUCAUUUGCAGUGUCAAGGUCCAGAUCCCCAGCCUGCUCCAGCGCGCCUUCUUGAAGCCCUUCCACAAGCAGUCGUCCACCGAUAUGGGCCCUGCCGCGCACGCGCGCUGCCCGCCGCCGCUCGACACCCACCACCCGGUUAUUAUCGCUCGCAAGCUCCUUCACCUCGCCGUCAUGCUGCAGCAUCUGCACCCGAGCUUGCACAAGGAGCUCGAGCAGCUCUCCGUGCCGCACCGCGAGCUGAUGCGCCGCAUGGCCGAGCAGUCCAUCACACUCGUCACCACCAACGAAGAGCUCAUUGGCUCACUCGAGGGCCUCGAGUGCCUGGCGCUCGAAGGCAUGUACCAGGGCAACUGCGGCAACCUGCGCCGAUCCUGGCUUGCCUUUCGCCGCGCCGUGACGCUGGCGCAGCUGAUGCGGAUCCACAAGGGCAUCGACUCGCCGUCGCUGCGCAUCCUCGAGCUGCAGACGCGGCAGCGCAUCGACCCUCAACACCUGUGGUUCCGCAUCCUCUAUGCGGACCGGCACCUAUCCCUCAUGCUGGGCCUGCCCGCCGGCACGCACGUCAAUCACUUUGCCUCCCUGCCCGACCCUGUGGACGCCGCCGCCAGCAACACCGACAACAGCCGACCCGGCGACGCCACGCUCGCGGCCCAGGACCGGCUCGGCUACGUGCACGCCAUGAUCGCGGGCCGCAUCCUCGAGCGCAACGAGAAGGACCUCGGCGACGAGGCCUUUGCCAUGACGCAGGAGAUCGACCUGGAGCUGCAGCGGGCGACGCGCACCAUGCCCGCCCAGUGGUGGCUGACCCCGAGUCUCGUUGACGUCGUGGCAACGGCCCAGGGCUCGUCGGCGCGCCUCUUGUUCUGCGAGACGGCGCGUCUGGUUGACCAGCUCUACCACUAUUUCCUGCUGACGCAGCUGCACCUGCCGUACAUGCUGAGGCUGUCGACGGAGGCGCGCCGGUAUGAUUACUCCAAGGUCGCGUGCAUCAACGCCAGCCGGGAGAUCCUGGCCCGGUACGUGGCAUACCGGCAGGUCAGUGUCAUGGCUUUUACGUGCCGUGGGGCUGACUUCUUUACCUUUUUCGCGUCCAUGACGUUGCUGCUUGGCCACCUGGACAGCCACCAGCGCGGGUACAGCGGCGGUGCGGCGUCAAAUCACGACAGUUAUCUUGUGCAUCAGCGUCUGGCUGACAGGGGGCUCGUUGAGAAGGUGUUGAGCUACCUCGAGGACCUGGCUGCGCUGAAUUCGGACAUGCUAAGUCGUCAGAGCGCGGAUAUACUACGACAGAUGCUGGUCAUCGAGGAUGACGCAGCGGACGGCGGCGGAGUAUACAGCACCAGUCCUGCGGUGAAGGGGGAAGACUGCGGUACGGUCUCGAACGACGGGGCGAUCACAUGGGCUGUACCGUACUUUGGCUUGAUACGCAUUGCAAAGGAGGGUGUGUCGAGGCCGAGAGCCGAAGUCGACGAGGUGAGGGGUGCAACCGGCCAGCAAGCGGCGAAACAGCCCUCUGGGCUCGCGGUCGGAAAUACUCUUCUGGGCGGGUGGCAGUUGGGAGCCACCGCGGCCUCAACGGAGAUGGUCGCUCCUAAUGGUGCCGAGGAGGUAGUGCCUGAAGACCUGGGCCCGUACGAGACCAGCGGCGCUCAGCAGACGCUCAUGCCUGGGCUCACGGCGGAGGCGGAGGACUGGGCGUUCCAGGGCGUGGACAUGGCUUUCUUUGACAGGUUGAUGGGUGGCGCGGUGGAUCCAGUGACAGGAGCGCCGGGCACUGAGAUGGGUCACGGGUGGUCAUAUUGA